AUGAAUAUAUUAGGAAAAGAAAAUCUAUUGAAUAAAGAAUUACAAGACCAAACACUUCAGCAAGCAAUUUCUAUUCAAAAAUCACUAUAUGAAUCUGAAGCCAUAAUUGCCAAAAAGCGAGAAAAAGUUUUAAGAUUGUUCCAAUUAUCAUUGGAUUUUGUCAAUUUUUCUUCAGAAAUUAAAAAUAUUAGUGGAGAUAUUUCACAAAUUUCUUUAGCAUUAACAGAAUUAGAUAAUGCAGUUACUAAGCUUCAGCUAGAAUCUGAAAAUAAGCUAUUUGAAUCACAGAAAAAACAAUUGAUUCUUGAAAUUACCUCAGAAGAAGAAACUUUAUCAAAAAGACUGAACGAAUUUGAAACCCAAAUAAGAGAAAUCCAGAUCAGAGAAACUAUCUAUGAAACCCAAGCAGCUUUAAAAGAGCAAGACGCACUUAUAAGCCAGCCUUUUACCUCUUCUCUCCCCAAAGCUCCAAAAAUCAGCAAGAAAUUAGAAGACAUAGAAGCUCCAAAAAUUAAUUCUCAAGAGCUUGAAGACUUUUUAAAUUUUUAA